AAAUCGAUUGUCAUCCCCAAUUGAGCCAAUUGGUUCAUCUGCAGCUGAAAAUUAGAGUGAAAACUAGGAAAAUCUCACAGAUCAAUUAAAAUAUGACGGAGCUGCUGAUCGACCCGGACAUCCGUGUGUGGGUGUUCCUGCCCAUCGUGCUGAUCACGUUUCUAGUGGGCAUCGUGCGCCACUAUGUCUCCAUUCUGAUAUCCACGCAAAAGAAGGCCGAGAUCACCCAAAUCCAAGACAGCCAGGCGAUGAUCCGUGCGCGUCUUCUUCGUGAGAACGGCAAGUAUCUGAGUGCCCAGAGCUUUUCCAUGCGGAAGAACUACUUCAACAACGAGGAGACCGGCUACUUUAAGACCCAGAAAAGGGCUCCCGUGGCCCAGAACUCAUCCGCCAUGCUUACUGACAUGGUCAAGGGCAACUUCAUCAACGUCCUGCCCAUGGUGGUGAUCGGCGGCUGGAUCAACUGGAUGUUCUCGGGCUUCGUCACCACCAAAGUGCCCUUCCCGCUAACCCUGCGCUUCAAGCCCAUGCUGCAGAGGGGAGUGGAGCUGGCCUCCCUGGAUGCCGCCUGGGUUUCGUCGGCCUCCUGGUACUUCCUCAACGUGUUCGGCCUGCGCUCCAUCUACACACUGGUCCUCGGCGAGAACAACCACGCCGACCAGACGCAGGCCCAGGCUGAUGCCAUGACGGGUGCCGCUAUGACCAUGCCCCAGGAUCCAAAAGCGGCCUUUAAGGCCGAGUGGGAGGCCCUGGAGAUCACCGAGUACCACAAUGCCCUUAAGAACAUUGACGCGGACAUGCUGACCAUUGCCAGCGCUGCCUUGGACAAGAGUCCUUGAGUGACCAGGCCUGCGGGCUCGAUCUAAUUAAGAUAUUUUAGCAAAUUCACAAUGUAACAAAGAAGGUUUUGUUUAGAGUCCAAGAGGGUUAUAAUAAAGAAAGUUGUGUGUCUAUGA